UAUUCGGUGACGCCAGCCCGCUGACCGUCGCAAGCUUGUGCCGUUGAGUGAGGCAAGACCCCGAGAAGAGAUCGCCAGCAUGUCGCCCCACAUGCAGGGCCCCGUGUUCCUGCAGGAGCCGCCGCCCUGGCUGGAGUUCUCCAACUCGACGGGCUCCAUGCUGAGCUGCUCGGCGCACGGCAGCCCGCCGCCCGACAUCCGCUGGCUGGACGCCUCCGACAAGGAGCUGGCGCACAUCCCCCGUCUCAGCAAUGAUGGCCAUAACCAGUCUCCUGAUUCACUCUUGAGUCAAUUUCGUGCGGACUUUGAAAAUAACUUUAAAAUAUUCAUUUUUAUAAGAAUGCGAUAUUUAAUUGAUGCUGGACGUAUUUUCUACAAUUAUCAUGUAAUAACAUCAUAUUCUUCGUUUAAAAGAAAGUUAGUUUUAAUCCAACGGAUAUAUGAAAGUGAAUUUCCACGUAAUUUGAGUGGAAAUAAUGUAGUGGCACCUGAGCACAUG